GUUUAUGUUAGCUGGCAACACUGUGGCUAGUGUUGUCACUUGUGGCGGUGACGGCUGACAGGACCACCACCAGCUCCGCCUCUUUGAUCGUGUAUUUGUGUCUGUCAGCGCUUAGAGAUGGGUUUGUGUUGCUACAUGUCCUGGGUGUGGAGUUUGCUGGCCAUAGUGUUUGGGGUCGCUGUGGUGAGCCUCUUCACAAGAAAGAAGCGAGACUUACAAGGCAAGCAUGUUCUGAUAACUGGAGGUUCAAGUGGGAUUGGUCUCAGUGUCGCUCAUGAUGUCGUGGGCAGAGGAGCGCAUGUUACUCUGCUAGCAAGAAAUGUUGCCAGACUGGAGAAAGCAAGGAGUGAGGUGGAGGUCUCUGCUUCCAAGGUUGCUGAGGGAGGGAAGGUCCAGUUCUUCUCAGCUGAUCUGAGUGGAGACCCAGAGAAGGUAGCAGCAGCAGUUAAGGAUGUAGAAGCUAACCUGGGACCUGUCUUUAUGUUGGUGAACUGUGCAGGAUUUUCCAGAGCACAGAAGUUUGAGGAUAUUUCACCACAGCUUCUCAAGCAAAUGAUGGAUGUGAAUUUCACGGGUCAUUCGUCAUAACACAAGAGGUGGUGUAGCAUGAAACAACAGCAGGAAGGAGUGGUGGUGUUCACAUCCUCGCAAGCCGGUCUUCUUGGUCUCUAUGGCUUCACUGCCUAUUCUGCCGUAAAGGGAGCACUAGUCAAGUUGGCCGAGGCUCUUCACAUGGAGGUGAAGCCGUACAACAUCUCGGUGACUGUGUGUUACCCUCCAGACACAGACACGCCAGGGCUUGAGGAGGAAAACAAGACAAAACCCAUAGAGACGAAGCUGAUCUCUGAGGCUGCAGGACUCUUCAAGGCUGAGGAGGUGGCUAAGAAGUUGGUCGACGAUGCUCUGAGCGGAUGUUUCACAAGCACUGUUGGUUUUGAAGGCUUCAUGUUAACUACUUUGUGUGCUGGCAUGGGGCCCAUUACUGAUGCAGUGUCCUUUGUGGCACAGGUGUUCUUGAGCGGUGUGUUCCGUUCUGUGUCAGCCUUCUACCUGUGGAGCUUUGCCAGGAUUGUUGAGAAGGAGCAUCAGAAGAGACUGGCCAGCAAGAAAACAGAAUAAAGGAGAUUCUGGCAGAGAGAGACAGAGAGAAUGGAUAAAGAGGAGGUUAAUCAAGGGUGAAUAGUUAGGUAAUGUAAGAUUUAUCCAUGUUGGAGGUAUUGUUAGAUAUUAAGAAGACAAACUUUUGAGACAAUAAAAACUGCAUUUAGCCUACAUCAAUGUUUUAGAUUUGAGAAUAAGAGAAAGUGAUGGGGAGAAUGGCGAAGAUGAUGGGGGAUGGAGAGAAGGGUGAAGAUGGUGGGGAUGGAGAGAAUGGGGAACGUGAUGAAGAUGGAAAGCAUGAAUAAUGGUGUCAUCUGUUUGGUAUCU